AUGAACUUAAUCCUUCAGAGACCAUUCAUAUGUUCACAGCAGAUCCAAGCCCCAGAUCUAAUUCUUGGAAUGAAGCAGGUAUCAAUUGCAAAUAACUUUGAGGAAAGGGUAAGUCUACAUAGACCUGGUCUUGUUCAUGUAAUUUCAGUUUCAAGUAUAGCCUUUGUCGUUGCCCUGUUAUGUGGGCUCAUGAUCUCCUAUGUGAUACAUCGACUGGCAAAAGCUGAGGAAAAACAGCAGCUUGCAAUGUUGUAUGAAAAUGUCGAGAUUCCACUUUUAGAAGAGAAAGAUUCUUCUGAAGAUGAGUCUUCUCAGCUGGAUCCAGAGAAUGAGGAGCUGGGAAAAUUCAUUGGCUCAGUUAUUAAAACAAAAAUAAUGGAAAACAUUAAGAAGAAAAUGAAGGGAGAGCAAAAUAUAUUGAAGGGAAACACAUCAGAGAAUUUCAGUUGUAUUGAAAAAGUAGAGACGCAUGAAAAAUUGGAUAAAGAUGGAAGCUCAGGAAAUCUGUGAAAACAAAAGAAAGGUGUACCAUGUGCUAGACAAUAUGGAGAUAAAACUGCAGAGAUAACAGAAAACUGAGAACACGAACAGGACUUCUAAAGAACCUUGUCCAAGAAUGUUCUACAGAAAGAAACGUGAGCAGCAUAUAGUGGAAAAUAAAUUCAUAUGAUACCAAAACUCUUGCUUUUUAGCCAUGAUAGUCCAUGAAUAAUUUAAGUGGAAUAUAGAAAACAGCCCAAGUUCUUUAACAAAGAAAGACAGGCUGUGAGGAUUUUGUUCUCUGCCUCCAGACUAGAAAGAUUGCUUAAUCCUUUUUUGGGGGGAAGGGGUCUUCCUGAAUGUGAUAGCAAAAUAUUUUCAUUAAAUAAAACUUUCUAAGUGAUGUUUCUAUCAGAUCUGGUCACUUAAUCUCCAUUUUAUACAUGAAGACACUGAGGAUAUCAUAAUGAAUAUAGGACUAGAUUAAGAGGUGGCCAUUUCUGUUGGUCCUCAGCUCUGAUGAGGGAACUUGACCUGCAGGGGUGGAGU